GACAUGAGAGUCCCGUAACAGACAGGACCAGCCAACAAGUGACCACCACCCGUGCAUCUGUCCAUCCUGCUGGCCCUGCGAUCUCCUCCAUCUGCUCAGCUGAGGCCACAGGGAGAAGACGCCAUGACCCCCACCCUCAGGGCCCUGAUCUGCCUCGGGCUGAGUGUGGGCCUCAGGACCCAAGUGGAGGCAGAGACCUUCCCCAAGCCCACCCUAUGGGCUGAGCCAGGCCCUGUGAUCCCCCGGGGGAGCCCCGUAACCAUCUGGUGUCAGGGAACCCCAGGGGCUGAGGAGUACCGUCUGGAUAAAGAGGGAAGCCCAGCACCAUGGAAAAUACAGAAGCCACAGGAGACUGGGGACAAGGUCAACUUCUCCAUCACACACAUGACAGAGUAUAAUGCAGGGAGACAUCGCUGUUACUAUCGCAGCCCUGCUGGCUGGUCAGAGCGCAGUGACCCCCUGGAGCUGGUGGUGACAGGAUUCUACAGCAAACCCAGCCUCUCAGCCCUGCCCAGCCCUGUGGUGACCUCAGGAGGGAAUGUCACCCUCCAGUGUGGCUCAGGGCAGGGAUUUCACAGGUUCAUUCUGACUAAGGAAGGAGAUCACAGGCUCUCCUGGACCCUGGACUCACAGCGACAGCACAGUGGUCAGUACCAGGCCCUGUUCCCUGUGGGCCCUGUGACCCCCAACCACAAGUGGACCUUCAGAUGCUAUGGCUGUUCCAGGGACAGCCCCCAGGUGUGGUCCCUCCCCAGUGAUGCCCUGGAGCUCCUGAUCCCAGGUGAGUCUGGGAAGCCCUCCCUCCUGAGCCAGCAGGGCCCCAUCGUGGCCUCUGGACAGAGCCUGACCCUCCAGUGUCGCUCUGAUGUCGCCUAUGACAGAUUCGCUCUGCACAAGGAGGGGGGACGGGACCUCCCCCAGAGCCUUGUUCUGCAGCCCCAGGCUGGGCUCUCUCAGGCCCUCUUCCCCCUGGGCACUGUGAGCAGCUCCCACGGGGGCCGGUACAGAUGCUACGGUGGAUACAACCUGUCCUCUGAGUGGUCGGCCCCCAGUGACCCCCUGGACAUCCUAGUGGCAGGACACCUUCCUGACACACCCUCCCUCUCGGUGCAGCCAGGCCCCAGGGUGGCCUCAGGAGAGAACGUGACCCUGCGGUGUCAGUCACGGAGACCGAUGGCCACUUUCCUUCUGUCCAAGGAGGGGGCAGCCGAUCCCCCCCUGCAUCUGAGAUCAGAGCACCGAGCUCAGCAGUUCCAGGCAGAGUUCUCCAUGAGUCCUGUGACCUCAACCCAAGGGGGGACCUACAGGUGCUACAGCUCAAACAGCACCUCCCCCUUCCUGCUGUCACACUCCAGUGAGCCCCUGGCGCUCCUGGUCUCAGGAGCAGCCGACACCAUCAGCCCCUCACAGAACAACUCAGACCCCAAGAGUGAAUUCCCAGCUGCCCAGCCCCAAGACUACACUGUGGAGAAUUCCAUCCGGAUGGGCGUGGCUGGAUUGGUCCUGGUGGCGCUUGGGGUGCUACUCUAUGAAGCUCGAAGCAGCCAGAAACAGAUUCAGGAUGCAGCCAGGAUGUGAACACGGAGGGAACAAUGCAUGGUUCAGAGAGGGGGAUCUCGGGAAGGUUCUGGAAGAUAACGUGGGACAUAUGCUGAGGGACCUGUCUGCGGCUCCUUGCAGGUGGAGGCGUCAUCGCUCAUGUGCAGGGACAAGGUCUGGACCUCCUGCCAUUGAACUGGGCACUUUCCCUCCGACCACUGUGAGGCCUGUGACUGCUUGCUGACUUUCCCAUUUUGGUGAAAUUAGCAUUUCUCCUACAUGGCAGGUUCAGAUCCACACCUCCCUACACUUUCAUGGAAUACAUUUUCCUUUAUUUCUAACCACAUGGACCUUGGUGUCUGUAUGGAGUCCCCAUCUCCUAAAUCCAGAGCAUUCUGUCUAUUGUCAUCAAUCUACAAGGUGUUCAAUCCAUCCUGCAAGAGGUAAACCCACAGGAGAUCCUAAUGCCCUCUCUGGACUCCACACGCCCCUUACCUGGCCUCCGAGGCCACCUGUGUGCUUUCUGCAGAAACCUCACCCCUUGGGUUUGAGAUCUGGGUGUGUGAACGGGUUGCCUUGUCUGCGCUGCUUCUGAAAACCCCAAAGUCCAAAACACAGUGCAACACACAGAUGACGCGUUACAGACAUUCACCCUUGAAACCUAUGUCAUGUCAUUCACCGAUGGCACCCCAAUACAUUUAAUAUAAAAAGUCACUGAUUCCUGUCAUUUGCCACUUUCUCUGGUUUAUAUGCCCCCUUCAUAGCCAAGUUCAAGUGCCCAUGUGAGGUCCUCACGCAGACUUGGGAGGUGAUGCAUACACUGACUUUCACAAAACAGUACAAGCCGAUGUGAGACACUGUUAAUACCAAACUGAUAGCUCCACAGUGCAUCUAUGUCCCUUCUAGUUGAUGUGUAACGAUGGUUUCUACUUGAAGGUUGAGGCACAGUUUCUGUGAAAACACAAGAGCACAAUCCCCACCUAUCCAGAUGAGAUGCACAAAGGAAUGUUUUAAUAUCACUUGUGGGAGGGAAUCGUGAGUCCAUAGAAUCCUACUGCAUUACUUGCAGGGGUGCCAAUUAUAUUAAUCAAUUCAGAAACUACAUAAGACUCAUCUAGUUAAGACACACAGCUACGUCUUUAAGUACAUGCCUUAGAGAAAAAAUGUACCUAUAUAUCUCUCACAGGAGCACUGAAAAGAGUUAUUCUUUUUAUCCGACCCCCCUCCCAAAAAAACACAAUAGUGUAAAAUUACAUGCAUCAGGAAGGAAAAGAGAAACUUUGGUGUUCUAUGUAAAAAAAAAUCAAAUAAUAUAUGUCAACCAACAUGUACAAAUUGAAAUUGCAAAGGUCAUGUAUAUACAUGUUCACACAUAAUAGCUAAUACAGGUAGAAGAAAAUAAAACUAUGUGUUUGGAACUAUUCCAUUUACCCAACAUUAAAAAGGAGACAUUAAAGAAAAGGAGACAUUGUGCAUUAUUUAGUAACAGAUACUUAAGAUAAACCCCACAAAUAAAGGAAUUCCAGGAAAUCCAUGGUGACGGUUACAAGUUAGAAAAUGUUGGAAGGUUUUGUUCAGGAUGGAAACCACAGAGUCUUCUGGAAUCAUGGCCGCCUUCUUCUCAACGUUCAUUUGAUGACUCAUAAGUCUACUUGUCACGACUCACAGAUAGAGCAUUUCUGUUCUAUGACCCUCAUUAUUUCCCACACAAGUUAGUGAGGUGGAGACGAACUAGGGGGGAAAGCCACACCCUACAUGAGUGACCACAUCUACCAAUAAGUGGUUGCUGAUCACAUGCAGCAAACCCUCCACAUGUGAUCAUUGUGUUUUCCACACACAUGACCUCACCUGCCUCAUCACAGUUCAGUUCAGUCUCCAAUUAUGUGCAGACUUUCUGUAUUUCAAGGACAUGUCAUAAGAUCAGUGUCUGUUUCACACAGUAUUUUAAAAGCGAAAAUAAAUUUUAC